AUGAAUGAUAUGGAGCUGAGUGUGCCGCUGUCCUCGCUGGCUCUGCUUGUGCCUCCGCUUCGCCUGAUGUCUGCGGUCAUGUGGGAGGUGGUCCGGCAGAGGAAAACGCAUCACUUCGGGAGACUAGAGGAGUUUGUGUCUACUGUGAUCGAGGCCGUGCCGCAACUGAUGAGCGAGAGGGAGGGAAGGCUGCUGUCUCUGGGGCUCAGAGCUAGGACAACUCUUGAACUGCUCCGCUCUGAACAUCCUGAAGACCUCAAAGCUGUUGAGACACACCUUAAUAGAAUUAGAUCUACUUGCAUUGAGGAGACAAGUGAUCAUGUAACUGAUGCACCAGAAGCAAACUUUAUGAAGCUGGUUCAAGGACUUAUUGAAGACACUGAUGGCAGGGAGCACUUUCUUAAGAAUGUGUUCCCUGUGGAGUACGGCCCAGACUUUGACACUGCACUUGAAACAUUGGUUUGUGAAUUCUUUAGUAGACUUGAGGAGCUACUUCCAAUACCAGAUUUUAAACAGACUGCUUCAUGGAUCAGUACUGCCCCCUCUGUUUUUGAGGAGUACAUGCAGUGUGUUUCAAAUGGAGAGGACCUGAAAUUUCUUCUGCAAAGUAAGCAGUAUCAUGGGAAGCUGAUUAAGACAAGUGUUGCUCCUUUUCCAUCAGAGGACCUCCUGAUUCCGUCACUCAUAUUGCCUCCAUCAUUAGAAGGAGCUAUUACUUCACACCCGAGUGCUUGUGAUGAUGACAAUAACGAUGUCCCUCAGAUUUUCAAGGGGCUACAUGAUCGAGCCCGACAUCAGUGUGUGCAGUUGCUGACAAAGUAUGAGUGCUCUCACUGCGGAAAGACCUUCAAGAUGGCACAUUUACUGAGGAACCAUCAGUUGAAUGAGCACCAGCUCCCCUACAGCCCCAACCACCGCUUCAGAUGUCGUUACUGUGAUGAAACCUUCCCUGGUAUCAGUGAACUCAAGUACCACCAAAGAAUGGACCAUGAGAAGCCGUACCAGUGCCAAGAGUGUGGAAAGUGUUUUCUGUCCGAGAAAUGCCUCAACAACCAUGAGCUGCGGCACAAUAACGAACGUCCAGAGAACUGUGUUGUCUGUGGUCGUGCCUUCAGGAACCGCUAUGAUUUAAAACAGCACAUGCGGACGCACACCGGGGAGCGGCCGUACCAAUGCUCUCACUGCUCGCAGUGCUUCUCCACAGCAGGAGGCCUGAGGAGCCACACCAGAGUGCACACUGGGGAGAAGCCACAUGCGCAGGUCCGAAGAGCCAAAUUUGAGGAGUGCCCUGCAGACCUUUACUUUGUGUUGGACACAUCUGAGAGUGUCGCUCUCCGAUCGAAGCCUCCUGCUUUUUAUAUAAACCAGAUCAAAGAUUUCACCAAGCUCUUCCUCGAUCAACUCCAAGACAUUCGCCAUCGCUGCGAUCGGUGGUUGACCUGGAACUCUGGAGUCCUGCACUACAGUGAUGACAUUGAGAUUGUGGCAGAGCUGAUGGACCUGAGUACGAGCAAGACGCAACUGAAAAGGGCCAUUGACGGCAUCAAAUACAUCGGCAAAGGCACCUACACUGACUGUGCCAUCAAAAGAGGCAUAGCAGAGCUGCUUAUUGGGGGGACCAACUAUCAAGAGAACAAGUACAUUGUGGUGGUGACUGAUGGGCAUCCGCUGCAUGGAUACAAAGAGCCCUGUGGAGGCGUGCAGGAGGCUGCUAACGAAGCCAGGCAGCACGGCAUCAAAGUGUUCGCUGUGGCCAUUUCACCAGAUCAAGAGGACACCCGGCUGUCGGUGAUCGCCACAGAUCAAGCCUACAGACAGAACUUCACUGCAGCAGACGACUCCAGAUCCACCAACAUCGGGACCAUCAGAACAAUCAUUGAUAUGAUUACAAAUGAGACAAAGGAUCAGUGCUGCUCCUAUGAUUGUAACGCCAAAGGUGGUCCAAAAGGUCCAGAUGGGGACCCUGGCUCUCGGGGAGAGACAGGUCGACCUGGAAUGCCCGGAGAGAAAGGAGAUAUCGGAAAUGUGGGCAGCAUCGGAGACCCUGGUCCAGUCGGUUACAGUGGAAUGAAGGGAGACCGUGGGGGCAGAGGAUACAAGGGUGAAAGAGGACAUAAAGGCUACAAGGGAGAUAAAGGAAAAGGAGGAAUAGAUGGAAUUGAUGGGCGAAAGGGGGAGCCAGGUUAUACUGGUCUUUCUGGUUGUAAAGGGUCCCCUGGAUCAGAUGGUCUACAAGGAGAACCUGGACCAAAGGGAGACCCUGGGUCUUAUGGGCAGAAAGGAGAAAGGGGUGAUCCUGGAAAAGACGGUGAACCUGGCCGUCCUGGAAACUAUGGUCCACUGGGACCAAAGGGAGAUCGUGGCCAACCUGGAGCCAAUGGAGAAAAGGGAGAACGAGGUGAUGAUGGUGAAACAGGAGCAGAUGGAGCCCGAGGAGAGAAAGGACAAAUUGGAGAGAAAGGAGAGCUAGGUUCUCGAGGAAAGAGAGGCGCCAGAGGAGAACCGGGUGAGCCAGGACCCCGUGGAGAGCAAGGAAGGGAGGGCUCCACUGGCCCCAAUGGAGACCCCGGUGAGCCUGGCAAACUCGGUGCUCCUGGCUACAGAGGCGACGAAGGCCCCCCUGGACCAGAGGGUCCAAAAGGGCCAAGAGGAAUCAAAGGAGCUCCAGGAGACAGAGGCGUUAUGGGGGAGCGGGGGGAAGAUGGCGUCCCUGGAAAUGGUACAGUGGGAUGUCAAGGUUUCCAGGGUUUUCCUGGCCUUGUUGGAGAUGCUGGUGAGCCUGGCAGUAAGGGAACUCCUGGACCCAAAGGAGACGACGGAGAGCCCGGAGAUCCAGGUCCUGACAACAAUGAACCAGGACUUUCCGGACCCAAAGGGGCCAAAGGCCACAGAGGACCUGAGGGCAAACCGGGACCUCCUGGGCCUCCCGGACCUCAAGGAACUGAUGAAUGUGAAAUUCUGGAUAUCAUCAUGAAGCUGUGCUCAUGCUGUGAGUGUAAAUGUACACCCCUGGACUUGGUCUUCAUCGUGGACAGCUCUGAGAGUAUCGGCCUGGCAAACUUUGGUCUCGCCAAAGAUUUUAUUAUAACAGUCAUCGACAGGCUGAUUAAAGACCAACAAGUCAAGUUUUCUGGCAAUGAAUCGACGCUGAGCGUGGUCCAGUACAGUGGGUCCAGGGCUCAGGAAGCCAUCUACCUGGCCUCAAGCAAUUACAGUCUCACCCAGUUCAAACAGAUGGUGAGGGAUCUGGAGUGGCUGGCUGAGGCCACGUACACUGGUGAGGCUCUGGACUAUGCACUUAAAAGCACCAUCAAAUUAAUGAAGAAAGAGAACAAAGUGGCGAUCGUUCUGACUGACGGACGUUCAGACACGACCAGAGACACACUGCCUCUCGAUGCGCUGUGUAAUAAAGGCAUACGGGUGGGAGGGAUUGGAGUUAAAGAUUACGCCGGCCAAAUUCCCAACUUGGAACAGCUGGAGAAUGUCGCCUGUCAGAGCGACCCCAAAAAGCCUGGCUUCUCUUUUGUGCGAGACAACUAUGCUGAGCUUUUGGAGGAUACUUUCCUACAGAACCUCACCUCAAAGAUCUGCCAAGAUAAGAAGUGUCCAGACUACAAAUGUCCCAUCACUUUCGAUAGAAACCAUGACAUCUUGAUGAUGAUCGACAGCUCCUCAAGUGUGGGGGAGAAGAACUUUGAGACCAGUAAAAUCUUUGUCCGUCGUCUAGCGGAGCGCUUCAUUGACCCGGAGAGGAGGAACCCUGUAGUCCGCGUGGGAGUGGCCCAGUACAGUCGCAGCACCAAAAUGGAGCAGCCUCUGACCACCAACCUCAACGAGCUUUUACCGCGAGUAGAACAGGCCAAAUACUCCAACGACGGCACUGAUGUGCUUCAGGCUCUAGACUUUGCGAUAUCUCGUCUGCCAGACCGUGGAGACUCCUCCGGCAGCAAAAGGAAGGUAGUGCUGUUCUCUGACGGCCGGUCUCAGGACCUCACCACGGCUGCGCUCUUAGACAAAGCCCGCAAAGUGGCUGGUGCAAACCUGGAGCUGUUUGUGAUCGCGGUGGGCAGUCAGGUGAACGAGGUCAACCUGAAUAUGCUGGUGAGCCGGGGGCAGCUUGACAACAUCUCUUACACCCAGCGGCACCUGUUCCGUGUGGCAGACUACUCCUCUCUGCUCCGCGGAGUCUUCCACCUAACCGUGUCCCGCAGAGUGGCCAUGUCCUAA